UAUCGGAUCGAGCAGCGGCGUAUCGUGAAUAAUUAAGGUUUAAAUAUAUUACGUUGCAACAUAAGACUUGCCAUGUUCCCGCAGCUCCGAUUAUUAUAUGAACAUCUGGAACGUGGUAAUAAAGAAAUGUAUAGAACCAACAGAGAAAGAGAUCGCAGUAAAGAUAGAAGUAGAGAGUACAAAGAAUGUUACGUAGAAAAGGGGCGACGACAGGCUGAACCUCGAGACGUAGAAGAGCAACAUAUACGAAAAAGAAAAAGUCGUUCUGGUCAUCCACGUUCGAGGGAGAGAGAACAAAGGAAAUGGGAGAGAGAUUCUCAUCACAGAUCGUUUAGUUAUGACAAAUCGUAUCGAGAGUAUAGAGAGAGGCCAAGAGAGCGAUCUCGAGAAAGGAAAGAAAGAGAUAGAUCUAGAGAACGUAGACUACGACCCGCACCCUAUAUCGAACAAAUUCCUGUUCCUAUUUAUUAUGGAAAUUUUGCUCCAGGACCAGUAAUGGUCGGACCCUUGGUUCCAAUUCGGGGACAGGUUCCUUUAGGUGGUAAUAGACAUCCUUCUAUGAUGGGUCCAUUGAGACUAUUUCCACCACGAUUUAUUUCUCCAGAUAUGUAUAGAUUGCCUCCACCCCUAAAUCCUAGUAUGUAUAUUUAUAAAUUUGAUUUGGACCAAGGUAUUCAUAAAACGAUUUUUGGCAAGUAUACAUUUUAUGAAUGUAUGAGUUAUACAAAUGUAUACUUUUUAACUGAAAUGUUACAUUAUAGGAAUCCUAUAUGUACUUGUAAUUUUAAAGGUGUAUGA